AUGACGACAGCAACCUUACCAUCAAAAUAUUACGAUGAUGACGAGGAAGAAGAGGUAGAUGGAGAUCAGAUUAUACAUUGGAGUAAUCUAUUAUUUCUGCCCUUCAAUCCCACUGUUAAGGCCAUAGUUUUGAUUGCAGUUAUAAUAAAAACUGUUAUGGGGCCGAUCCAAGCUGUCUAUCCCAUUGUGUAUUGUUGGGACACGUUAGAUUAUGAUACUAGUUUGAUACUGUUAAAAGGUGCUUAUUUAUACCUAUGUGACCCUAUUUACAGUAUUGAUACUUUGCUGCAUAUAUUGCACAGACAAAUUACUGACGAAGCAAUGAAAAGGGAAUACUUGCCGAAGUCAGGAUUCCUCAUAUUAUUGGAUAUUGUGUCACUUAUUCCAUUCUUUAGCCUCCUACAGGAUGGUCCUUGCGCGCCAGUUGAAUUUAGUCCCAAUAUAUAUGCUUUUUCAGAAUUCGUAAUAAUCUACAGAAUAGCCGACUCGUUCUCAAUACUGAGCUCUCACAAAAUAUGGCAAAUUGCGAUCGGUUAUACCUUAAUGCUGAUAAUCAGCGUUAAUUGUAUAACUUGUUUCUUCAUUUUGUUAACUAUGCUCGGAUUUUGUCCGAGAUGCAAUGACGGGGUGUAUGAUUGGCGAAAGUUCGUGUUCCAAAAGUUUAAUGAAACAGACACGUCGUUUUCAACGUACGUGUACGCCGCAUCGUUUGUGUUAACAUUUUUCGUGAACAAUCAGUAUGAUGAAACAAAGCCUUCAACCAUUAACGAGUAUAUAUUAAUGGACGCGUUCAUGCUCAUGGGUUAUCUCCUCCUCAUUUUUGUUGUCAUUCCCAAAAUGGUCGCAGAGUCUAUGCUUAGGCUCCGUCGAAUGGGUUCAUACUAUCCCAAAGUACAGAGAAUUAUCGACGAGACCCGACGCAGAAAUAUCUCGCCAAAAGCUCACGAGGACGUCAAAGACUUUUACUCUCUGAUUUGGGAAAAACGGAGCGGAAUCACCAGUGUCCCCGAAGUUAUUUCCGAAAUUCCCAGAUAUCUGCGCGUGGAAAUACGCCUGGACUUAGUUUGGCCGAUAUUUUAUCAUAGCCCUACCUUUCGGAAGACCUCGAAUUCAUACAAACGUUGGUUAUGUGAAGUUAUCCGAAUGGACUAUAAGUUGCCGGGUGAAAAAUUCUUCGCCGGACCAAACUGCUACACGCACUUCUACUAUUUGAAAUCUGGCAAAAUACAAUUGAUUUCUGUGGACGACGGAGUAACGCCGCUAAUAACUUUGACGAGCGGUACUAUAUUGGGUGAUAUUAGUUUUUAUUUGCCGACACCGAAACGUAAGGUGUUCGUGCAGUGUAUAACGUAUUGCGAAGUAUUGUACAUUACAAGAGUUGAUGUCCUAAGUUCCCUACACAAACACCCGAUUGACCGGCGCCUUAUCUUGCAACACGCAAAGGAUAGGGUGAGACACGCCCGCACUUUGUACACUUGUAAACAACACGUAAGAGGUUUAGAUAGAACUGAAGAUGAGGGAGUGUCAUGGGUGAAGAAACGAUGGUGGGAAAUAUCUGAUGCCGUCCGCAGUAAUAGAUUAUCUAUAGGAAUAGAUGCUUUGAAAUGCAAAUUCUCAGUAGAAGAAACUGCCUAUCAUUGUGCUAAGUAUAUCGGACAACUUGUCCUCACUGGUGAUGAGCAACUUCAGACAAAAUCCUCCUUCUUGUAUACAAAGUUUCCCUGGAUUCUAGUACCUCAUUCGUAUUUUGUAGUCAUAUGGCAUAGGAUUGUCGUCGGCACUGUGUUCUUUGUAUUAGUUCUUUACCCUCCGUACCUUUCUACGAAAAGUUGCCCCAUGUGGUUUGUUUUAUUUCAACUUUGGACUGACGUCAUCUAUAUUUGUGAUAUUUUCGUGAUGCUUUUAACAGCGAUGGACGGACAAGAUAACAUUGGUGAAGAUUAUACGAUCGUUAUAUUUUCCCGAUGUAAAACCGGAAAGUUUAUGUUAGAUGUAUUGUCAUCUGUUUGGAUUGAAACGUUGGCAUCUGUCAGUGGGUUCCCUCAGUUAUAUAACCUUCUUCAAUUUAAUAGAUUAAUUAAAAUAUACGUUUUAUUUUCCAAAUGGGACAUAAGAAAGGAUCCACUUUUUGAUGUAAUUCACAAAAUCGCUCUUAUAUUCGGAUCAUUUUCAAUGAUAACAAGUUAUUUGCUGUAUAUGUUUGAUCGUGCGCAUGUUGAAUUACGUACGUCUUACUUUUUCGGUGAAAUUUUUGUUAAAUGCAAUUCGACAGAAGCAACAUCAAAAUGCGACAUUGAAUUCACAAAUCCUUAUAUAAUCCUAUUGGCUUGGUUGCUUGAGUUUAUAUUCUACGAGUACUUGCCCGGAUCACUUCUAGAUAUCUAUGUGAUUAUUGUCAUAAGCUAUAUAGCAUUUCUCAUCUUUGUUUAUAGUAAAACCGAUUUAGUCGCCAUGUUCUACUUAAAAUAUAGAGAAAUCGUUAAUUACCAGUAUUUCGUCAGCAAUAUAAAAGACCACUAUCGCCAUUAUAAAGUUCAUCCGGGUCUUUUGAUGCGUUUGAAUAAGUAUUUGAUAUGUCACUGGAAGUAUUUCAAAGGGAUGGACGUUUUGCAUCCGAACUUAUUGAAAAACGAACCCUAUGAUAUUUAUUGGAAAUUACAAGGGGAGAUUGCGGAGAAAAUAAUUAGAGAAUCUCCUGCUUUUGUUCACGCAGACCCCGCGUUUAUAAAGGAACUUGCCUAUAAAGCUAAAUUUCUUAUGUUGCCGAAGAACUGUACUGUAUCUGUGUUUGGGGUACAGACUAAGACAGUUACGUGGAUUGUACAGGGCUACAUCACUUCGGAAUACCACGAUCUGCAAGGAGAGGUGUACAAAAAACUUUACUGUCCCGGGGACUUUGUCUCGACUUGUGCAGUAUUUUUGGGCAGACCAUCGCUGCGAACAUUAUAUGCAUCAACUGAAUGUGAGGUGCUAUACAUGAAAGUGAUAGAUUUUUUUCACAUUCUAAAAAGUUAUCCCAAUGAGUGGAGUUUUUUUGAUGUAUGCUUAGAGAAGUAUAUGCCAGUGUACGAUAAGAUGGUGGAAGAUUACGUUAAGAAGUACAAAGACCUGGCUUACUAUAAUUCAAAGGGUUUGCUUAUCACUGAUCUAAGCGAGAGGCUAAAGCAUUACAUGAGAAGAGGCUUCAUUUGUGACGUCAUUGGAUCCGUCCCAAUAAAUCCAAUCGUGUCUGUUGUACUCUCCAGAAGAGUGGAGCAAGAUGAGGAAGCUCUGAUAUACACAGCGUCGAAGUUUGCUCAUUUCUAUCUCAUUAUGGGCUAUUUCGACUAUCUAUCGGAUAUGCCGAACAGGAAUAUUGCUUUUUAUAUGAUAAUAAAAAUGCAAGUGAUGACAAUAUUAGUGACAUUGGGCGCAUGCCAUUACUUCGUAAGCCGAUGUAUAUCCUUCGUAUGGGACGAUAAGUACAACAUGAUAAAUAUGACACGACGCAACCAUUGCUGGCUUCCGAGCCACCUGCCCUUAGAUGAACAUCCCACUUUGAACCAGCUGCAAAUAGUAUAUGCGGAGAGCUUUAAUCUCGCGCAGAGUGGCCUCAUGAGAUUCAACCUUGGCAAGUUCCAUAUAGACCGGGAAUAUCUUGGAGUGGGAAUUACUUUAUGUAUUCUCGGAAUAAUGUUCUGGUUCGUCAUGUGUUACUCUUUAACUUUGCUGGUCCUCAACUUUCGAGGAAACACCUUAUUUCAACAUGGAGUCGGACAACUGAGAAGGUUCUUACAAGCCGAGAGGGUGGAUAAAAAACUAAUAGAGACGGCGAUGACACACUUUCGUUAUUGGUGGUUUAGAACGAUCGAAGCUGCGGAUACUUUGUUGCACGGCGGCGAAAGUUUAGAAAGACAGCUAGUGAGUGCGGCGACUCAGUGGUUCUUUCUACCCGGGGAAGUUAUUGUACGGGAAAUGGAUUUGAGUCCCUGGGUCUACAUAGUACAUAGGGGCAGUAUCCUCAUCAAACAAGAUGACGAGGAAUUGGCUAAGUUAACAAAGGGGUCAAUAUUCGGGCAAUUGGAUGGAAUUAAACCGCGACCCGUUCGGAUAACCGCAGUGGCUGAUGGUUACGCGGAUCUUCUACAGAUUCCUAUAAAAGACUUCCAAGAUGUCAUCGGAGAUGAGACAAGAGAACGAAUCAAGCACUGCCCGCAAGCGAAACACGACUUCAUGGCUGUGAAAAAGACAGUUAUUGAAAAUCCAUAUAAUUCUCUCCCGUAUAUAUUGCGUGGGCGAAAAACGAUUAAACUACCAUGGAUGGCAACACCUUUAAGGGCUAGAACCGAUACUUGGUACGCACGCUGGCUCUAUCUCUGCUGGUUCAUCUUUCCGGCCAUCACUGCAUUUAUUGUGCUGCUGGCGAAAGCUGUACCGGACCACUGCGAGCACAGAAUCUAUUGGAUAUUAUUCGUUUUGGAUUUGUUUCAUAUCGUAUAUUUACUAACAGAGUUCUAUACACUAAAAUUGGUCGUGCAAAAUGGCGAAUGCGUCGAAAGAAUACAGAAAUGGCACACAUUCAAGAACUGGAGUUAUUACAUCGACAUUCUCUCUCUGACGAUACCCAUUUUGACACAUUUUACAGGAGAUUGGAACUAUCGAUUGGCGAGAUUGUUGCGAUUGAGGCACUUCUAUUAUUUUCAUCAUCAUUUCUGUAAGGGAUUUAAGAGCCAAAUAGCUCCUAUAUUAUUAAAAUUUGUGAUCGUAUUCCUAUCUAUUCAUAGUAUGACGUGUGGGUGGAUAUACGUCGCUUGUCAACAUGAAAAGUUUCCAAUUCAAGUGCCACCGUUACCAGCUGCGAUUAAUAAAACUAUUGACUACGAUGAAUGGGUACAUCCAACGCAGAGAAGAGGUGGAUGUCCGCGUCUCACGAAAAACUUUAUCGUGGAUGGAAAAGUCAUGUUCGGUUUAGUGGUACCGAAGAAUUGGAUGUCCGAUUACAUCGUUGCGAUCACACAUAUUUUAGUUAUAUAUACACAUACUGAAAUUGAUAUAGUGGUCUCCUUAACUCUAGAAGAGAUGUACUACAAAGUACUUCUUAACUUGAUCAUUCACCCAAUGGAAAUAUGGGUCCUUAGUUGCGCCAUAAGCGCAGUUUACACGAAGUUCCGGGAACUGUUUACCUAUGACUACGAUGUACAAAGUUUGAUUCUUUAUUUAGAACAUAACGGCUUAUCUUCAGUUCUUCUUGACUCCGUUAAAGAAUACACCAAGCAAUUAUGGCAGAGACAAAGAGGGAAUUGGUUACCCGAAUUAGCACAACAGGCGCCUCAGUGCCUUCGCGAAGACAUGCUGUGCGCCCUCUAUAUGCAUCAUGUAGAGACUCCGCCAUUAUUUCGCGAGCUCCCUGAAUAUUUCAGACGGCAACUCGUCACGAAACUGCAGCGAGUUGUUAUUUUUCCGGGAAAGUAUAUCGUGCAAGAGGGAGAUAUAUUUUCUUGCAUGUACUUUAUACACGAGGGUGAAGUUGAGAAAUGGUACACUGAUAAGAGCGGUGAAAAGAAGAUGCUAUCAUUGCUGUCAACGAAUGGAUACUUUGGUUUAAUUCCAGGUUUAUUCCCGAAUACGCCGUAUCAGUUCUCAUAUUAUUCUCGAACGGUGGUCGACUUUGUAUUUUUAAGACAUCGAGACUGGCAAGACCUGUUACAGGGCUACCCUAAAAUAAAGUACGAUUUGUAUACAGCUGCCAAGCAGUUGAAGAAAGACUUGCAAAAGAACAUUCUUUAG